AAACCCUACCUUAUGUGUCUUUACUCUUGAACCCACAGCAGGUCAGGUUGUGCCGCCGGCAGCCACGUUCACGCCCUGAGAAUCACCGCCACGAGUAGCUCCCGAGCGAGGCGUUGCUGUCGCGAGAUCUGUCAGCUUCUUCUCCCUCAUCGCUGGGAGGGACUGCGUCGCGAGGCAGCGAGAGGGCGAGAGUUGCUGCAGCAAGAGUAGCCUCCGUGAGAGGUGCCACGGCGAGUAUUAUCUCUGACCGUGAAUGCUACGACUCAAGCUGCGAUUUGGAGCGAUUCAUCCGAUUCAAAAGUCGAAUCGUACGAUACUCACUACUAGUGAAACUGAUAUUAUAUCGAUAAGCAGAACAGAUAAAAGAAAUGGUGUUAGGAUUGAGAGAGAUACGCUGUAGUGGAGUGCCCGACCUUGACCGUGAGAAUGGGGAGGAGCUGAUGCGGGUACAACCUGGCACAGACAUAGUCCUCGGCAACCUUCCUCGAGAAUCCCCUGGCACGCUCUACAUCACUACUAAGCAAGUAAUAUGGGUGAAUGAUGUAGACAAGACUAAAGGGUAUGCUGUUGAUUUUUUAUCCAUAUCUCUUCAUGCUGUCUCUACAGACCCCGAAGCUUACCCUCUUCCUUGUUUGUAUACCCAGAUUGAUACUGAAGAAGCUGAUCAUGAGCACUCUGAUUCGGAACCUAAUCACAUCGAACAAGAUUUGUCCAAUGUCACAGAAAUGAGGCUCAUUCCCACUGAUCCUACCCAAUUGGACACUCUAUUUGCAAUAUUCUGCCAGUGCGCAGAGCUUAAUCCAGAACCGAAUGAUGAUGAAGGAGAAGAAGAACAUGACUGGGUUUUCAGUGCUGAUCAGAUGGUAGAUGAAGAAGCAGAGGACGAAGGUUAUAUCUCUCACAAUCCAGUCAACUCUAUUGGUCAGUCAAAUGGAAAUCACGACCUUGGUCGUUCCAUACUUGAGCUUCAAAUCAAUGAUCGAAGAUUUGAGGAUGCGGAAGAGAUGGAUGAUAAUGGAGACGGCACCCAUCAUUGAGUGUCUGUAACUGUGUGGUUUGGUUUUAUAUAUGUAUAUUAUGAAAAUCUGACCAGGCUUAGGUGCUUAUCUGAGACUUUUUUUAAGAAAACAGCAGAAUAGUGAGUUUAAAGCUAUGUUGUAGAAGAAAUUGAGUAUUGUAUGGAUACUUUAUUGAUAAUUAAUGUUUGGUCUUUAUCAAUGCGCGGCAAAUUAUUUUACUGAAA